UGCCCUGCCUCUCAGCCAGCUGGCCGGGGAGAUACCUCACCCCGUAACUAUGUCAGUGUGGCCUCUCUCCUUUUAUAAGGCAGCCAGACACCCAGUUCCUUUCAUUUACAGCCUCCGUGCUUCCAGGGAGCACCGCUACUGGGUGAUAUUGGAAAUCAGCGGAGUAUGAGGAGUAUGGGUUCCUUUGUGGGGCCGUUCCUCCUCUCACAGAUGCUGUUACAGCUAGUCAGCAGAGCACAUGGUCAAAGUACAGUCUACAAUCUUCUCGCAUCACCAGAGUGCUUACCAGACCUCCUGCAGGAAGGGCUUGCAGCCCAGUCUGUGAAUGAAGUUUUUAUUCUCACCUCAUUCAGCCUCCAGCCCAAGACAGGCUCCACAGUAUUUAGCCUUUAUAAUCCAAGAGACAACAGCAAAUUUUUUGAGUUCACAGUUCAAGGGAAGCUGAACAGAGCGACCCUGCGCUACCUUAGAAGUGACAGCAGAACAAGCACCGUCACGUUCAACAAUGUGAAGCUUGCUGACAGCCAGCGGCACGCGGUGAUGUUCCACCUGAAAGGCCUAAGGCGGGAGCCCAGCAGCGUGGAACUUUACGUGGACUGCAGGCUCAUCGAGAUGGUUAAGGACAUGCCGGCGGCCUUCAGGGGGUUGCCUCCUGGACCCAACAUGGUGGAGCUUAAGACCAUGCAGCAGAGGACACAGGAUGGAAUAGAGGAACUGAAGCUGGUAAUGGGUGAUUCAUUAGAAAAUGUCGCUUCUCUCCAAGGCUGCUAUCUACAUCAGAGUGAUUCAGUCCAGGCCUUGGGUAUUAAUACCAAGCAGUUAGCAAACCAAAUGCUCGAGCUCAGCAAAGUGAUCUCAGAGCUGAAAGAGGUCCUUAUCCAGCAGGUUAAGGAAACGUCUUUCCUCAGAAACACCAUCUCGGAAUGCCAAGCCUGUGGUCUUGGUGGCACUGAAGUGGAGAAGCCAAAGUGCAGCCCUGGCACGUGUUUCCGAGGCAGUGCGUGCUUCGAGACGGAGAGUGGGGUAGAGUGUGGCCCGUGUCCUGAUGGAUACACCGGAGACGGAUUCAGCUGUGAUGAUGUGGAUGAGUGUCAGUUUAAGCCCUGCUUCCCUGGAGUACGCUGUGUCAACACAGCCCCUGGCUUUAAGUGUGAAGCCUGUCCCCGUGGCUACAGUGGGCAGGCGGUCGAGGGAGUCGGCAUCGCCUUCGCACAAGCGCACAAGCAGGUGUGCAGUGAUAUUGACGAGUGCAAGAUGCUUAACAAUGGAGGCUGCACAGCGAACUCUCUGUGCCAUAACUCUGUGGGUUCGUACCACUGUGGAGCCUGUAAAACCGGCUACACAGGGGACCAGACGACGGGGUGCAAGCCUGAGAGGGGCUGUGGAAACAGCUUGCGGAACCCUUGUGAUGCCAAUGCUCUGUGUGUGGAGGAGAGGGACGGCACCAUCAGCUGCAUGUGUGGGAUUGGCUGGGCUGGAAAUGGGUACCUCUGUGGCAAAGACACCGACAUCGACGGCUAUCCUGAUGAGAAGCUCAGGUGCAAGGACCAAAACUGCAAAAAGGAUAAUUGCAUCUACGUCCCCAACUCUGGACAAGAGGAUGCAGACAAAGAUGGAAUGGGGGAUGCCUGUGAUGCGGAUGCGGAUGGGGAUGGUAUUCCAAAUGACCAGGAUAACUGCUGGCUGAAGCCCAACAUCGAUCAGAGGAACAGUGAUAAGGAUAACCAUGGCGAUGCCUGUGACAACUGCCGCAUGAUAGAGAACCCAGACCAGAGGGACACGGACAGCGACGGGAGGGGAGAUGCCUGUGACGAUGACAUGGAUGAUGACGGUCUGAAGAACUUCUUGGACAAUUGCCCGAGAGUCCCAAAUCGUGACCAGCUGGACAAAGAUGGUGACAGUGUUGGUGAUGCAUGUGACAGUUGUCCGGAGAUUCCCAACCCCAACCAGUUAGAUGUAGACAAUGACCUUGUUGGAGACUCUUGUGACACAAAUCAAGACAGCGAUGGUGACGGCCACCAAGACACCAAAGACAACUGCCCCAAUGUCAUCAACAGCUCCCAGCUGGACACAGACAAGGAUGGUCUUGGGGAUGAGUGUGAUGAUGAUGAUGAUAAUGAUGGCAUUCCUGAUGUUCUACCACCAGGACCAGACAACUGCAGGCUGGUGCCCAACCCAGACCAGAUUGAUGAUAACAAUGAUGGAGUUGGGGAUGUGUGUGAACAGGAUUUUGACCAAGAUAACACGAUAGACCGAAUCGACAACUGUCCAGAGAACGCUGAGAUCACUUUGACUGACUUCAGAGCCUACCAGACGGUGGUGCUGGAUCCUGAGGGUGAUGCUCAGAUCGACCCCAACUGGGUGGUCCUCAAUCAGGGCAUGGAGAUCGUACAGACUAUGAACAGUGAUCCUGGACUUGCUGUUGGUUACACAGCCUUCAGCGGGGUGGAUUUUGAAGGCACCUUCCAUGUGAACACUGUGACGGAUGAUGACUAUGCCGGCUUCAUCUUUGGAUACCAGGACUCCUCCAGCUUCUAUGUGGUCAUGUGGAAGCAGACGGAGCAGACCUACUGGCAGGCCACUCCUUUCAGAGCUGUGGCUGAGCCUGGCAUUCAGCUCAAGGCUGUGAAAUCUAUUUCUGGACCUGGAGAGCACCUGCGGAAUUCCCUUUGGCACACAGGAGACACCAAUGACCAAGUUCGGCUGCUUUGGAAGGAUCCACGCAACGUGGGAUGGAAGGACAAGGUCUCCUACCGCUGGUACCUGCAGCAUAGACCCCAAGUAGGAUACAUUCGGGCUCGAUUCUAUGAAGGAACUAACCUGGUUGCUGAUACUGGUGUGACAAUUGAUACAACCAUGAGGGGGGGGCGACUGGGUGUGUUUUGUUUCUCCCAGGAGAAUAUCAUAUGGUCCAACCUCAAAUACCGCUGCAAUGAUACCAUCCCUGAAGACUUCCAGGCGUUCAAUGCGCAGCACUUUGGGGAUUCACGUUAACCAGCGGAGGGGGGAAAAAUGCAAAAAGAAUGUGACAGUGUGGGAAAAGGUCUUUUGAGUACUGUUUUUUUUUUUUUACUUGUACAGAAAGAAAAAAAUUGUGUACAAAUUACAUUCUGUACCUAUCGCACCUUUGACUGGCUACUUUCUAAUAAACAGAUAAACAUUAUGUACUAAACAGAUUGAAAUUGUAAUCAAUCGCCUAGUAUAUUAACAUGGUGUAUUAUGAACUUACAGUAUAAUGUGGAGAUCAUUUGUCCUGAUAAGAAAGGAAUAUCUGAAAUCCCA